AUGGAGUGCCCGCGCUGCGGGAAGCGCUUCCCCCAGGCGUCGCGGCUCCGGGAUCACAUUGCUGCCGUGCACGAGGGCCGCCGGGAGCACGCGUGCCCCCACUGCCAGAAGCGCUUCGGCUUCGCCUCGGGGCUCCGAGAGCACGUUAGGCUCGCCCACGAAAACGUCCGGCCGCACGGCUGCGGCCUGUGCGGCCGGAGCUUCCACAAAGCCGCGGACCUCCGCGCCCACGCUGCCAUCCACGAGCGCCGCGGUUUCGUGUACCGCAGCGGCCGGGAGGCGUGCGUGGAACGUCUGCUGCGCCGGGAGGAGCUGCCCUUCCGUGCGCAGCUUCGCGUAGAUUUCACGGAUGGCUCCAGCCACGGCGGCCACGCGCUGCUGGACUUCGCUGUAGAGCGCGACUGGGGGCUGAUCGCCCUGGAGGUCGAUGAGGGACAGCACGCCUCCAGGGAGCCGGCGGACGAGUGCCGCCGCAUGGUCGAGAUCUUCCGCUCGAAAAGCCGGCCCCCCGGCAACCCGGACUGCGGGCUGCACGUGGUGGAGCGCCACGGCCGGUUGCUGGAGGCGCUGGCGGAGCCGCCGCCGGCCGGCGACCUGGAGAUCCUCUGCUUGUUCUGCGACCUGCCGGAGGAGCUGAGGGCCGUGGCCCGCGCCUACUGA